AUGGAGUUGGAAGCCAACAGAAGAAACCUGACGAGAAAGAAUUUAUUUGCCCAGAAGGUGCUGGAAAUGGAAAUUUUGCUGAUCCUGCAACAUUGUGUGGAUGGAUACCCAUACCUCAACAGAUGCCCUUCUGGUCUCUACUUCGAUGAUAUCAACAAGCUGUGUACCUUCAAAAAUGAGGCACGGUGUGGUCCCAUCUCCACAACCCCUGCUCCAAUCACGGAGCCACCUGCCGACCUCGCCAAGAAAUGUGACACAAGUGCCUGUGUUCUACCUUACUGCUUCUGUUCCCGAGAUGGCACCCACAUUCCUGGUGAUCUUAACCCAGAAGAUACUCCUCAGAUUAUAAUGAUGACAUUUGAUGGUGCUGUAAAUCUCAACAAUUUUGAUCAUUACCAACGAGUUUUCACACAAGACCGGAAGAAUUCCAAUGGUUGUCCAAUAAGAGGCACCUUCUUUGUGUCUCAUGAAUACAGCAACUACAAUAUGAUCCAACAGUUAGCACAUGCUGGGCAUGAGAUCGCAACAGAAACAAUCUCAUUGCAGCAAGGUUUACAAGACAAGGGGUAUGAAGAAUGGGUAGGAGAAAUGAUUGGAAUGCGCGAGAUUCUCAGGCAGUUUGCCAACAUUUCAAAGAGUGACAUUGUUGGCAUGAGAGCGCCAUACCUUAAACCUGGACGCAACACCCAGUAUGAGGUACUGGAAGACUUUGGCUACAUCUAUGACAGUUCAGUUGGAAUACCACCACUGAAGGUCCCAAUCUGGCCUUACACACUGGACUACAAGAUACCACACGAGUGUCGGUCAGGCACAUGCCCCUCUCGUUCUUUCCCAGGUAUUCCCCAGUAA